UUUAUUCCUUCACUCAAUUCGCAACUAACAACUAUUAAAGUCGCGGUGUUAUGCCAGUUGCAAGAAGCACGCCGCGAUUGCUGUCUCUGGUCUUCGUCGCAAGUGUCGUCUUUUGCUGUUGUUUGAUUUUUCUUGGGGAGUUCGCGGACCGCCAAAGGGGUGGACGGAAGAAGAGCGAUGACAGCGAAAACAGAAGAAUUGUUGCGUUUUCGUUGAUGAAACAAAUCGAAAUCGAGAGCGAGGAGUUUAAUUGCGAUGGGGAAUUUUUGAUCGGGGAAAAGCCGAAGGAGCACACCGAAAAUCAAAUUUGGACUAAUCUGAAAGGGACAAAUGUUUUCAUUUAUUCGGUUUACCAUGACCGACGACUGUACCCUUACGAGUACUUAAGGAUAAUUGCCAUGAUUAAAGGUACCAGGAAUAGUACUCUGUUUUGCCAAAUUUUGUCCCAGGAUGGCCAGUACUUCAUAACCAGGACACGAGCUACCAAAAUAUGGUCAAAAUCGUGGAACCAAAACGACACUCACACGUACUACAACCCAUUCCUAAUAUCUUGUUACAUACCCUUUGGAGUUACCCCCAUUUCCGUCUCUUUUAGUUUAAAACCUUGUGAAAAAGCACCCAUCGAUUUUAAAAUUUCACCCGAAGACACCCUGCCAUCUAAAGACCUGCCGCAUAUUUUCACCAUCUGUGUAAAACCUUUAAAUUUCAACAAAGACAUCUCAUUAAAAUUGCUACAGUGGAUCGUCAUAAAUCAAAUACUUGGAGCCACAAAAAUGAACCUGUAUGUGGAAAACCUUCCAAAGAAGACUUUAAAAAUUCUACAAAGUUUCCAAAAAAGUCAAAAUGGGAUUACUUUACUUAAACACGACAAUCUAGAUUCUAGUUUUUAUCUCGACGAAACCACCAACAUUUGGCAAAAACGUCGCAACGAAAUUAUUACAUAUAACGACUGUCUUUACCGGAACAUCCACACGUCACACUUUAUAAUUCCAGUUGACAUAGACGAGAUAAUUGUACCACGACACGUGACUACGUGGGCGGAACUGUUACACGAAUCGUUAUCAGAAAGCAAAGACAAUUUCGCUUCGUAUACAGUUAGGAAUGCCUAUUAUUUACGCCAGUUUAAUGUGAAGAAGCGAUUAAAAGAAAAAAUUGUCUUCUUUAGGAAUGUGGUCCGCAGUGAUUUUAGCGGGGAACGGGAAUCAGGAAAAAGUUUCGUUUCGACUAAGAAUGCGUUGACUGUGUUCAAUCACUAUGCACUAAAAACGCUGAGACCGGGGAUUGGAAGGAUUAAGUUUUUGAAGAAGGAGUUAGUGCAAAUGAAUCAUUAUAAAGAUAACUGUGAUACUGUGAUACUGCCAGAGUGUGCCAAAUAUUUGUCUAGUCCUGUGAGGGUUGUUGAUAAUGUUAUUUUGAAGUACAAGAAAGUGUUUUAUAGAGAGUAUGCAAAGGCACUGAUGUUUUUGAACCAGACGAUGUCAUUGUCUUGAGAUAGUGAUUUCUCAUUUAGGUAAUGUUGUAAAUUUGUACAUACGAAUCGGAAAUUUGUAAUAUCUUGUAAUAAAUGAUACUUUUGUCACAUUGA